AUGCAGAAACUGCAUAGUAGGAUAAUAUGGCUGUGGUCAGAUGUGCCAUUUGGCACGGUCCGGAAGUGCUCCUAUUUCAUCCGUUGGGUCUUCAAGAAAUCCAGCCCCAACUGCAAGCUCACCGUCUACCUGGGGAAGCGGGACUUUGUGGACCACCUGGACAGAGUGGACCCUGUUGAUGGGGUGGUCCUUGUUGACCCCGAGUACCUCAAGGACCGGAAGGUGUUUGUGACGCUGACGUGUGCCUUCCGCUAUGGGCGCGAGGACCUCGACGUGCUGGGCCUCUCCUUCCGCAAGGACCUCUUCUUGGCUUCGUGGCAGGCCUUCCCACCGGCUGAGGAGGCCCCCGAACCUCUCACCCGCCUGCAGGAGCGGCUGCUGCGGAAACUGGGGGGCAACGCCCACCCCUUCAGCUUCAUUAUCCCACAGAAUCUGCCAUGUUCGGUGACGCUGCAGCCAGGUCCCGAAGACACCGGAAAGGCUUGUGGAGUCGAUUUCGAGAUUCGGGCUUUUUGUGCCAAAAAUGUAGAUGAGAAGAUCCAUAAAAGGAAUUCCGUCCGCCUCGUGAUCCGCAAAGUCCAGUAUGCCCCAGAGAAGCCUGGUCCACAGCCCAUGGCAGAGACCACUCGUCACUUCCUCAUGUCGGAUCGGUCCCUUCACCUGGAAGCGUCGCUGGACAAGGAGCUUUACUACCACGGCGAGCCCAUCAGCGUCAACGUUCACGUCACCAACAAUUCUAGCAAGAGUGUCAAGAAAGUGAAAGUGUCUGUGCGGCAAUACGCGGACAUCUGCCUCUUCAGCACAGCCCAGUACAAGUGCCCUGUGGCCCAAAUCGAAUUAGAUGACCAGGUGGCUGCCAGCUCCACCUUCUGCAAGGUCUACACCCUGACCCCGCUGCUCAGCAACAACCGCGAGAAAAGGGGCCUGGCCCUGGACGGGAAGCUGAAGCACGAAGACACCAACCUGGCGUCCUCCACCAUCGUAAAGGAGGGCGCCAACAAGGAAGUCCUCGGGGUUUCCUACCGAGUCAAAGUGAAGCUGGUGGUGUCCCGGGGCGGGGACGUGUCUGUGGAGCUGCCGUUCGUGCUCAUGCACCCCAAGCCCCCGGAGCAGGCCCCCCCUCUGCAGCCCCCCACGGCUGUCCAGGAAACAGAUGCUCCCAUCGACACAAACCUCAUAGAGUUUGAAACCAACUACGGGCAGGAUGACGACAUUGUUUUCGAGGACUUUGCCCGCCUGCGCUUGAAAGGCCUGAAGGACGACAAGGAAGAUGAUGACCAUUUCUGCUAGGAAACAACAGGCUUCCUCUGUCUGGGACCCAUGGAGGGGGGGGGUGGCGCCCCACCUCUUGUGAAUGUUUUCUUGUCCCCCCCCGUGACAGGAGCCAUUUCCCCCUCCCCCCCACCUCGUGUCUUUUGUGCUGUAUGGAGGGGGAGACUUUUAAUGUGACUUGAUGGGGGGGGGGCAGUUGGGGCUUCAGCUUCUCCCCCCUCCCCUGCUGCUGUUUUUCCAAACGGAUUUUAAUGUUUAAGGACACUCCCCCCCCCCAUGCACUGGAGUCCUUCUUGGGCAUUAUCCUGCGUCCUGCCCUGCUGUGUGCCUCCCCCCCC